AUGGGUACUUUCAAGGAACCGUCAGUGGAGCUGGAAGACGAUCAGCAAGAUGAAUCCUCUGCCAGCGAAAAGCCUAUGUCAGAGAGUCGCGAAGAAGUCAAGGAAGAAGAGAAGAAAGAUAAUGAAUUGAAGAAAAAGAAGGGUCCUGAUAAUCAGACGUUGCUUCGAUUGCUAGAACAAGGCGAACAAUUGCAUAGCAUGUUUCGAUGUGCGCGGAUACAGGUCCACAAAAGAAGGUUAGCUAUUAGUUUUACGGUACAUAUGUCUCAGAACUAA